GCGGUCUGCUUGCAGCUGGGCUCAACACUUCAAAACCCAGCUCUCCGUAUUUGCCAGUACUCGUACAUCAGAUCGCUUUUACGAUAUCGUGUCUUCAGAUAGUAACCGGUCGUUUCUCGAGCGAAUACGACUUUGUUUGUGUCAUCAUUAACUCAAACUCCUGCCCGAACCAUUGCUCAGUUCUCCUUGCAUGAUGCGCAACGCCCUCCUUAUUCUCAGUGGCAUUACUGCCAUAGCCACAACAUAUGCCUCUCCGAUAGCUUCGUCAACGACUUCUGUAAUUACUUCACCUGUCGCCACAUCAAUACCUGUUCCAGUUGCGCCUCCAGUUUUCGCAGCUGUUGCAACUCCAGAGGAUAUAAACGCGGUCAUUCGGGAGGUCAGCAGUUUAGCAUCUGAUAUAUAUUCCACUGCCAGUAAUAUUGGAGGCCGUGGUGUAGAAGUUCAAAUCAUCGGGAAUACAUACCUCCGGUGUCGAGAUAUGAUUGAAGGGGUCCAGCAGGCGUUCGACAAGAUCGGCGGUCGGCCCCAGACCCCUUUCUCGUAUGAGGAUCAAAAGGGUAUUUGUUCCAUGUUCGACUUGUUCGGCAUCGACCAAUCAAAGCUCAUUACAAUGUUGGUGAGAAAUCUAGAGAGUAUGGCGAGGGACGGCUUUAUCGACCACUUUGGGGAUUGCUUCAAUCGACUUCAACCCGCACUGAGCAUGUUUGUUGAAGAACUGACAUCUUAUGCGCCUGAUUGUGAGUUUGAGAUGUUGAGGAGAAAGGACCAGCUUGAGGUUGGGCUGAGUAGUGCACUGGCAAGGGUGCUGGACUAUCGGGCGGGACAUGCCCCAGACCGCAUUCCUUUGUCAUUAGACUGAGGUCAUCAUCGUGGCUCUUUUUGUACAAUUAUGACUUAUCGACUUGAUCUUGAUGGCUACUGGGCUUCUAUCUGAUUUGACGACCAUCUCCCUCAGUAAUGGACCAAAACCCAGUGUAGGUACUUUGUGGCUCAAGCAGGGUUGACGUUCACAAUGCAUGGAUUGCAACCAGUCACACUUUGAUAAGGGAGUGAACCCUAUCUGGGAGCACACAGAUGAAUAAAUAAUGUAGGGAGACUAUGCUAUAUAACAACGAAAUAUAUGAGACAUUUGAGAGGAG